AAUACAAACAUGUAAUAUAUAAAAAAUCUGAAAAAAGAUAUCGCUAAGGUCUGACUUUUUCAUACCGGCAUUUCUAUAGACAACCCCGUGUAAUAUUUCGGGUCCUGAGUCAACGUGGGACAGUGCGUUUGCGUCAUGCCGAAUUUGUUGUCAAGUGUUUGUGUUUUUUAAUGUCAGUAGUUCUAUUUUGACAUAUUUUUGACAUUACUAGUUUGGGAUAUUGGACAGUAACUUAUCAUGAUGCCGGGGGAGAAUCUUUCCAAAUUCGCUUCAGGAGCAACAACUGGAGCCUGUCAAAACUGCACUGUGCUUCACCAGAACCUAAACGAAUAUGUGGCAGCUCUCCUGGUUUUGAAACAGAAAACGAUUGACUCCGAUCACCUGCUGAGUGAAUAUCAAGGGAAGUGUGAAGAGCUUCAGAGAUCCCAGAGGGAGACCAGUAAGCAGCGUAUACAACUUGAUGAUCUGCAGUUGAAAGUAGCUUCUCUGGUAAAGCAACAUGCAGAGUACGAAGCCGUGCGGGCAGAGCUGGAGGCUAAGCAGAGCGCUGAGAAGUUGACCCAGCAGCUUUUGGAGGAAGUGGAGAGGCUGAAGGAGCAGAACAACAACACAGAGUCUCUAAAGAAGAGACUUGAGGACCAGCUGAAGAUGAUAGCAGAGACAACGGAGAAGCAGUGUGUGGAUAAUGUCCAGCUGAGACAGGAGAAGACGGCACUGCAGAAAGACCUGCUGACAACACAGGUGUCGUUGAAGACCGUUCAGAAGGUAGCAGAGGAAGUGCAGCAGUUGAAGGAGGACAACGCCAGGACAUCCGUUCUAAAAUACGACCUGGAAAAACAACUUGUACUGUUUCAAGAUUCUCAACUCAAGCAAGAGCGUGACAUUACCAGGCUGAAAACAGAGAAGAUUGUACUGGAGAACGAGCUUCUACAUCUUCAGGAACGACUAGAGAAACUGGAGACGGAGAAGAAUAAAGUAUUGAAGAGCACAUCAACUCAAGCAACGGCACCUGAAGAAACACAGGUGGAUAAAGAGAAGAUCCAGAGGCUGCUGGAGGAUCUAUGGGUGUGUGUAGCUCCUCCCUCAUCACACCUCCCUGCCAGGAGGAAACAGCAGUUAAAGGAGCACCUACAAGACCGUAGCACAGUUGAACCCCACAGACCUGACAGUGACCCGGCAGGCCAUAGACCCAGCAGGAACAGUGACCCGGGAGGCCCUGGACCCCGCAGGAACAGUGACCCGGCAGGCCAUGGACCCAGCAGGAACAGUGACCAGGCAGGCCAUGGACCCAGCAGGAACAGUGACCCGCCAGGCCAUAUACCCAGCAGGAACAGUGACCCGCCAGGCCAUAUACCCAGCAGGAACAGUGACCCGGCAGGCCAUGGACCCAGCAGGAACAGUAACCCGCUAGGCCCUGGACCCAGCAGGAACAGUGACCCGGCAGGCCCUGGACCCAGCAGGAACAGUGACCCGGCAGGCUAUGUACCCAGCAGGAACAGUGACCCGGCAGGCCCUGGACCCGACAGGAACAGUGACCCGGCAGGCCAUGGACCCGGCAGGAACAUUGACCCGCCAGGCCAUGGACCCGGCAGGAACAUUGACCCGCCAGGCCAUAAACAUAGUAGAUCAGUUGAGGAGAUCCUGGACUGGUUCAAGCCGCUGCCCCCUAUCCUCUCCCCCUUACCCUGGUCCUCAGGUCAGAAGAGGUUGGAUGAUGUCUUGGAGUCCAGAGCUCGAGGGACCAGAUUUCCUCUAGAGAAUAGAAACCACUCUGUCUACACUACAGGACCAGCCAAUCAGACAGCAGGACAGCAGCCUGGACCAGCCAAUCAGACAGCAGGACAGAAAACUGGACCAGCCAAUCAGAUGGCCCUUGUGUUGUCAGGACAACAACCUGCAGACUCCUCAGUGGAACUACCAUCAGACAGAAUUAAUUUUACUCCAAGAGAAAGCCCUGUUUCAGAUAGCACUAAUUCUAUUCUGAGAAAAAGCCCUGAUCUGGCCACAGGGACCUCAGGAGAGACCGAGAGGAACAGUGUGGCUGUCUGUGAACAGGAAGACAUGCAGGUAGAACCAGCUGCUGAAACCAUCCAGUCCCCAUCAGGAGAGACUCAAACCUCCUCUAAUGAUCUGCCUUCCUUUACCAAAGCCACAGAGUGUCUCCCAAACUCAGUAGAGCAUCCAGGCAACCUCUCGGUCCAUACUGGGGCCGUUCAGACCUCACUCACCCAGACACAAGGAGAAGAAGUGCAGGACUUCUCACCAGACAUGACAGAGAUGGAUGUUGAGACUAACCCGUGUUAUAAUGGCUGUGUCUUGGCGGGUCAGAGCAUCUACCAUGGGGACUCAGAGAAAGUAGAAAGCAUUAAAGAUCAGUCAGGAGAGGCCAGCGUGUCUCAAACUCCCUCCACUAAACAGCUGGAACCCAGUCUUCUGGUUGAGUGUUCUGCGGAGACAGUGACUGGUCCAGAACAACUGACUGAAUGGGCUCCUAACACUCAAUGUAACACAACUGAUCAGAAAGCAGCUCCUCAAGCAUGUCCCCAUAAACAAGACAAGUUGUUUAGAGGCCAGGAAUCAGAUAAAGACGAUGAAGUGGGUUUCUCUUGGAAACAGGUUGGUGAUGUACUGUUCCCCCCCAGUCACCCUACAGAAGGACUGGCCUCCCCCAGUCACCCUACAGAAGGACUGGCCUCCCCCAGUCACCCUACAGAAGGACUGGCCUCCCCCAGUCACCCUACAGAAGGACUGGCCUCCCCCAGUCACCCUACAGAAGGACUGGCCUCCCCCAGUCACCCUACAGAAGGACUGGCCUCCCCCAGUCACCCUACAGAAGGACUGGCCUCCCCCAGUCACCCUACAGAAGGACUGGCCUCCCCCAGUCACCCUACAGAAGGACUGGUCUCCCCCAGUCACCCUACAGAAGGACUGAAGGAUGUAGGUAUAGUAUCAACCGUCAUCACGGUGCAUUCUGGGGCAGAGGAAUCAUCAUCUGAACAGAAGUCUCUGGCACCUCUGACAAAAACAAGUGUCCACAUCUCUCCUGACAGUUUAACGAGCUCUGUAAAGAACGUAGAGGACUGUACUACGACAUCUGAACUCCAUGAAGACAUCCAGGCAACAAAACCCAAUGCUCAGAGUAGCAGAAACCAUACAGUUUGCAAGAGGUUACAUAGUCCCAUAUGUCUUUCCCCAGUGGUGAACGUGAAGCUCCUGAGAUCUGGUACACAACCGAAGAGGAUGAAUGGAAGGAAAGAUGCUGAAGACCCAGGGUCUGACGUUAGGAAUCCACCGUCUCCAACAGAGUUACAGAGUGACGAGCCUUUGAACAACGGGAUGCUGAAAGAUUGUGAUCGCCCAGUCCAUGUUCUACAACACCAGGAUAUGAAAGCUGACCGUAAGCGUCCGACCACCACCGACUGCAUCUCUGAGUCAAGGUCUGAGUCCCAGCUGACAGAUGAGAAACUAGGUGGGAAAGACGAGACUGAGAUGAUCAGCACUAGAAGUGGGCGUGUCAGGAAGAGUCUUGUUAGAUCAAACGUAGUCCAAACCAGCUCAGGGAAAGACGGCGCGGCUCCCAGGGACGGCGCGGCUCCCAGGGACGGCGCGGCUCCCAGGGACGGCGCGGCUCCCAGGGACGGAGCUGCUCCCAGGGACGGCGCGGCUCCCAGGGACGGCGCGGCUCCCAGGGACGGCGCGGCUCCCAGGGACGGCCAGCAAACGACCACUCUUUCAUGUAAAGUUAUUAUUGAAAGACUCAGCCCUGACAUGAGUGAAGGGAUCAGGCCAGCAGCCUUGCCUGUGGGCCACUCCCCAGAACGUACAUGGAAAGUUCCCAUUGGGAAGGUUCGCUUUGAAAUGGGUCCUCCACUACCUCCUCUUCUGAUGCCUCUCACUGUAACUCCUCCGAGACCAGCAAAACCUGGCAAUCCAAGACAGGUGAUUGGUAAACUGUCCUUUCCCUCACCAAUGGAAGGGCCUGUUUCCCCUGUGGGGUCCCAAACAGCACCUGAUGGUCAGAUGUUGAGCUCCCCGUCUCGAACCACCCCUUCCUCACCACUACAGUUUGGUUCAGCCACUCCUAAACACGCUGUUCCUGUUCCAGGGAGACUUCCUGCCUUCAGCCCUUCCUCUUCCUCCACUAGUCCCGCCCAGGAGAACUCCAUGAGGAUUCUAGACAGCAUGUAUCCAGAACUGUCUGCCCGUGCCUGGACUCUCAGUAUCCUCCGAGGAAACCUCUCUAUGUCUUCUGCUGAGACGGGGACCACACCUUCCAGCUCUGUCAGUCAGAUAUCUGGCUUCAAAACCAUCAACUCCUCGUCCACGGCUUUCACCAAAACAGAGCAAAGAGGGAAGCGAAGUGGAGUCAACAUGCUUCUACCAAAGAGUGCCAAAAGACUGAGGCUGGAUAACUGCUCCCCCGGCCCUGCUGGAGCGACGGCCGGCCCUGCUGCGCAGGGGAUAUCAUCCAGGACAUCAGCCAGUCCUGACCCACUGCACCUCAACAUGGGAGUUCUUCACAGCCUACAGAGAAGGAGAAACUGGAGAAACUGGUUGGGAAACCAGCAGACCUUAGAGAAGGAGAAACUGGUUGGGAAAGCAGCAGGCGAAGCCUCCAUAUCCCAGGCCUUAGAGAAGGAGAAACUGGUUGGGAAACCAGCAGGCCUUAGAGAAGGAGAAACUGGUCCAUCCCAGGCCUUAGAGAAGGAGAAACUGUUUGGGAAACCAGCAGGCGAAGCCUCCAUAUCCCAGGCCUUAGAGAAGGAGAAACUGGUUGGGAAACCAGCAGGCGUAUCCCAGGCCUUAGAGAAGGAGAAACUGGUUGGGAAAGCAGCAGGCGAAGCCUCCAUAUCCCAGGCCUUAGAGAAGAUAGCAGCCCAGUGUUUUGACCUGUUGCCAGUCAUUAAGAGUCACCUGUUUGUUGGGAAUCUGUCUAGGAAGCCUGUGUUACGGGAUGAGGAGAAGGAGGUCCUCUCUGAGUUCUCAGACAAUCAGCCUCUGGCAGAUGAUCUGAUGUCGGUGAUGCUGACUAAGCUGAAGACUGAGAGGACUGAGCUGCCUGGGUCUCACCUCCAGGCUCUGGUUAGAGUCUACACUGCUCUGUGCCGACGGAGGAGGGACUGGGACAGAGCACAUAUCCUGGCCUACAGCAUCCUUAGAGAAGAUUUCCCUGAGUCAACCAAGCUGGUUCUGUUCAUGGUGACCACAUGGCCCAAUGUGUUCUCCUGCAGGACUGUAGUGUGCCAGGCCAUCCACACGGUCACCAAGGUCAAAGCUCACGGAGAGGUGCUCCACUGCCUAACUGCUUACCUGGGAUGGGAGACGAGUCCUCCGAGUGACGUGGAUCAGUUGGUGUCCCGCACGUUGUCGUCCGUCAGAGCUGCAGCUGAGAUGACCUUCCAGAAACACCCGCGACAGGGACGGGACCUGAACCCCGUUGCCUGGCAACACGUCUUCACCCUGGAGCUGCUCUGCUCUCAUACACACUGGAAGUGGACCCAUGACAACCUACUGAGUACAGAGCUGUGGCCGUUGAUGAACUCCUGGGUGACCCAGCCCAGGUCAAGACAAACACCCAUCCAGGAUAUCACUGUGGCUGCGGUCCUCAGACUCAUAGGGCGCCUCGGGCAGCUCGGAAUAAAGGAGAGAUGCGGCUCGUCUGUGAAGAACAUCGCCAGGGUCAUCAACACAUUCGCCAGACACGGACAGUCAGAAGGUGUUCCCUGGGAGGUCCAGCUGGCAGCUGUCUACACUGUCUACGACCUGUCGCCUAGCAACCCCAAGGAGGCUCUGGCUGCGCUGGCGUCAUGGCGAGGAGAGACCACCCAGCCCGUCCCCCCCGCUGUCACCAGCUGCAUCACACAGAUCGCCUCGCUCUGCCGACACAUCAAACCCUAGUCCCUAAAACCUAGCUCCUAAUCCCUAGCUCCUAACCCCUAGCUCCUAUUCACUAGUCCCUUAAAUGUAGCUCAUAUUCCCUAGUCUUUAACCCCUAGAUCCUAACCUAUAGCUCCUAACCCCUAGUCCCUUAAACGUAGCUCCUGUUCCCUAGUCUUUAACCCCUCCACACCCCUAGCCCCUAACCACUAGCUCCUAAUCCCUAGUCCUUAAACCUUCCACACUCCUAACCCUUAGCUCCUAGCCCCUAACCCCUAAUCCCUAGUCCUUAAGCAUUCCACACUCCUAACCCUUAGCUCCUAAUCCCUAGUCCUUAACACCUCCACACCCAUAGCUCCUUAACCCCUAGUCCUUAACACCUCCACACCCCUAACCCCUAGCUCCUUAAUCCCUAGUCUUUAGCAGCUCCACAACACUAGCUCCUAAUCCUUAGUCCUUAACACCUCCACACCCCUAACCCAUAGCUCCUAACCCCUCCUAAUCCCUAGCGCCUAACCCCUCCUAAUCCCUAGCGCCUAACCCCUCCUAGCUCCUAACCCCUCCUAACCCCUCCUAAUCCCUAGUCCUUAACACCUCCACACCCCUAACCCAAAGCUCCUAACCCAAUCCCUAGCUCCUAAUCCCUAGCUCCUAAUCCCUAGCUCCUAAUCCCUAGCUCCUAAUCCCUAGCUCCUAAUCCCUAGCUCCUAAUUCCUAGCUCCUAAACCCUAGCUCCUAAACCUUAGCUCCAACCCCUCCUAAUCCCUAGCUCCUAAUCCCUAGCUCCUAACCCCUAGCUCCUAAUCCCUAGCGCCUAACCCCUCCUAAUCUCUAGCUCCUAAUCCCUAGCUACUAACCCCUCAUAAUCUCUAGCUCCUAACCCCUAGCUCCUAACCCCUCCUAAUCCCUAGCUCCUAACCCCUCCUAAUCUCUAGCUCCUAACCCCUAGCUCCUAACCCCUCCUAAUCUCUAGCUCCUAACCCCUAGGUCCAUUGCCACUUGUACAGAUCUGAAAGGAUUUCCUAGGUCCAAGUAUGUUGCCUAUCAGAGGACAAGGUGAAGCAGCAUCCAUUUGACUGUUUCCUAUCCAUACCUUUUCAGAUCUGACACCUUGAACUCUGCUGUGGACUGAACUUCUGGGACUCCUUUUAAUGUCCAUAUUAUUUAUCUGCUGGUUGACGCAUCACGUUACCCUUGAUGUUCUGUUACGGUUCUUUAUAUGUUAAGCAUGACUUUGUAAAUAUGAUGUUGUAUACAAUAUCUUCUUACUUUUGUAAAUGUUUUGUAAAUGUUCACUGUUACAGAGCCUAUUAUUUCUAUUUAAUUUGACAAAUUAAAAUCUAAGAGGUAAACAUUG